AUGAUAUCUCUCCUAAACCGGAUCCCGACCCUCCCUAUCGUCAUCCUUUUCAGCAUCUCGCUCGGCAUAUUUGCGUGGUUCACCACAGUCAUCGCCUUCAGCGUUCUCCUCUUUCGUGUUGCCCUAGUCUACAUUGACCUUGCUAUUGCGGUCAUCCCGUAUUACCUCCAAGGAGGCGCGAGACGCAUCCUCGCCGACCCCGCGUCUCAGAAACACACGACCGCCUCCUCGCCCCCGCCUUCCGUCGCGCGAAGGAGGAGACGCAGAACCAGCUCAAGUAGUACCCUCUCCGCAACGGGGAGCUUAACGCCUGUCCGAAAUCUAGCCUCUCGCAGUGACAGCUAUGUGCUGCUUAGUUCACCGAACUCGGUGCUGGGGUUGAGUGCCAGCGUGGGACCGACGCGGGAUUUCGAGGGUGUUGGGGGCUGGCGUUUGGAUAACCCCUCGGAUGAAGACGAAGGCUUGUGGACGAAGAUCAAUUCGAGAUUGGAGCUGCCAGCGAACUAUGGCAGGAGGCAUAAGAGAAGCUUGACGAGCGGGUGUGUGCCACAGAGGGGGGAGGUGAAGUGGGGAAGGAGAGAUGGAGAGGAUGCCACAAUUAUGAAUACCGGGAGGACUAGGACGCCGCCUACGGUUCCAAUUAUUGGAGGAGGAUUUGGAGAUGGGUAUUUUGCAUCGCCGAGGCAGAAUAGUCCGAAGCAUGAUCGAAGGGCGCCUAGUUUAGGGGCGACAAGUAAUGAAAGCCCUACCUUAGGGUUGACUAUGAAGAAACGGUAA